ACAGAAAAUUUCGUUCAGUUGCUGCCAAUGCCAUGAAUCAGCUCUCUUUAAUGGCAUUGGCGGCGCCACCAUUCUCCUGCCGCCGCCACCACCACCCCCUGACCAUAUAUAAAACAACUCCCAAAUCAACUUUCAAAAAUUCCCUUCCUUCAACCUCAUCUCCAAAAUCAUCCUUCUCUCUCUCUGUUCAAACCCAUGAAAGACACCCUCAACUCUCGCUUCUCGAAGAGAUUUGCAAGAUCUGUGAAGCCGGUGAUCUCACUGGAGCCCUCGAAUUUCUUCAGAGAGACUGGAAGAAGAAGAACAAUGCCGCUUCUGAUUCAGUGCAGAGAAAGGAGGCAAUGGGAGUGUUGUUACAGAAAUGUGGACAGCUCAAAGAUGUCGAAACGGGGCGCAAACUCGACGAAAUGUUGUCCGCUUCCUCUCAAUUCAGCGAUGACUUUGUUCUCAAUACCCGUCUCAUUACUAUGUACUCCAUGUGUGGGUAUCCUUCAGAUUCUCGAACGGUCUUCGAUCGUUUGCCGAGCAAGAAUUUGUUUCAGUGGAAUGCACUUGUUAGUGGGUACACCAGAAAUAAGCUCUACGACGAGGCGAUUCUCACUUUCAUUGAUUUGAUAUCGGUAACAGAUUUUCAACCUGAUAACUUUACAUUACCUUGCUUGAUUAAGGCCUGUACUGGGAAGUAUGAUAUUUAUUUGGGGCAAUCGGUUCAUGGGAUGGCGGUGAAAAUGGGUUUGAUCAUGGAUUUGUUUGUGGGUAAUGCAAUGAUUUCACUGUAUGGCAAAUGUGGGCUAGUAGAUGAAGCCAUCAAGGUGUUUGACAAAAUGCCUGAACGAAACUUGAUCUCUUGGAAUUCGUUGAUUUGUGGAUUUUCUGAGAAUGUAUUUUGGGUGGAAGCUUAUGGUGCCUUUCGGAGUCUUUUGGAGGGUGCCGAUGGCUCGAUACCGGAUGGUGCCACAAUGGUGACUCUGUUGCCUGUGUGUUCCAGAGAAGGAGAUGUGGAUAUGGGAAUGGCAGUUCAUGGGAUGGCAGUGAAACUAGGGCUUGUUCAUGAACUAAUGGUGUGCAAUGCUCUGAUUGACAUGUACUCGAAAUGCGGUUACUUUUCAGAAGCAGAGAUUUUAUUUUGUAAGACUGGGAACAAGAAUGUAGUUUCUUGGAAUUCCAUGAUUGGUGCAUAUUCUAGAGAAGGAUACGUACACGAGACAUUUCAACUGUUGAGGAAGAUGUCGAUGGGAGAAGAAAGGAUGGAAGUAAAUGAGGUCACCAUUUUGAACUCGUUACCUGCUUGUUUGAAAGAAACAGAACUGCUGAGUUUGAGGGAACUUCAUGGAUAUUCACUCAGACAUUGGUUUCAAUAUGAUGAAUUGAUAAAUAACGCAUUUAUAGCGGCCUAUGCGAAGUGUGGAUCUUUGAUUUCUGCUGAGAAUGUCUUCUGUGGAAUGAGUACUAAGUCGGUUAACUCUUGGAAUGCACUCAUAGGUGGAUAUGCUCAAAAUGGUGAUCCAAGAAAAGCUUUAGAUUGUUAUUUUCAGAUGGCAUGUUCGGGCUUCCUUCCCGAAUAUUUUAGCAUCAGUAGCCUACUAUUAGCUUGUGCUCGUUCAGGACAUCUACAGUAUGGCAAAGAGAUACAUGGAUUUGUGCUAAGAAAUGGGUUAGAGAUGGAUUCAUUUGUUGCUAUCUCAUUACUAUCACUUUAUAUCCAUUGUUCUAAACCUUUCUAUGCCAGGACUUACUUUGAGAGGAUGGAAGAUAGAAACUUAGUAUGCUGGAACACGAUGCUUUCUGGUUACUCACAAAACAAACUUCCUAACGAGACACUCUCUCUCUUUCGUCAGAUGCUUUCUGAAGGACUCGAACCUACUGAGAUUGCCAUAGUGUGUAUCCUUGGGGCUUGUUCACAGCUAUCAAAUCUGCAUCUGGGAAAAGAAGUUCAUUGCUUUGUCUUGAAAACCCAUCUUAUGGAAGACAUUUUUGUUGCUUGUUCACUCAUCGACAUGUAUGCCAAAAGCGGCUGUUUGGAACAAUCUCAACGGGUUUUUAACGGGUUAAAUGAGAAAGAAGUGGCUUCAUGGAAUGUCAUGAUCACAGGAUUUGGUGUUCAUGGACAAGGUAACGAGGCCAUGGUGCUAUUUGAGGAAAUGCAAAGAUCAGAUACGAAGCCUGAUAGGUUCACUUUUUUAGGAGUGCUGCAGGCAUGUUGUCAUGCUGGACUGGUUUCAGAGGGGCUACAUUAUCUUGCUCAAAUGCAAAGUUUGUACAAAAUAGAGCCAAAACUCGAGCACUAUGCCUGUGUGGUCGACAUGCUCGGUAGAGCGGGUCAAUUAAAUGAAGCUUUAAACCUGAUACAUGAGAUGCCUAAAGAACCAGAUGCUAAAAUGUGGAGCUCACUGCUCAGUUCUUGUAAAACUUAUGGUGAUCUGGAAAUGGGAGAGAAAAUUGCUGAGAAGUUGUUAGAACUGGAAGAAAACAAUGUCGACAACUAUGUCUUACUCUCUAACUUGUAUGCAACAGCAGGAAAAUGGGAUCGUGUGCGAACAGUUCGACAAAAGAUGAAGGAUCUCCGCCUUAAGAAAGACGCUGGAUGCAGUUGGAUUGAACAUAGAGGUAAAAUUCAUAGCUUUAUGGCGGGCGAUGACUCGAUACCGGAUUCAGACGAGAUUCGGGAGAGGUGGGAUAGAUUGGAGAAACAGAUCAUGGAAAUUGGCUACAGACCUGAUUCUAGUUAUGUUCUUCAUGAACUGGAAGAAGUGGAAAAGAUUAAGAUAUUGAAGGGGCAUAGUGAGAAGCUAGCAAUUUCUUUUGGCUUCUUAAAGACUAAAGAAGGCACCACAUUAAGGAUUUGCAAGAAUUUAAGAAUUUGUAGAGACUGUCACAGUGCAGCAAAAUUUAUAAGUAAAGCUGCUAAAAGGGAGAUUAUUAUUAGAGACAACAAGCGCUUUCAUCACUUCAAAAACGGGUUUUGUUCAUGCGGGGAUUAUUGGUAGGAAGCAAGGUUGGUUUUAAAUGUAGACGUGGAGGUCUUAAUUUUAUGGAAAUAUCGAUAAAUAUUGGUAUCCAUAGACCAUAGAUAUUUCUGAAAAAUUAAAAAAUCGUAAAAAAAA